UGUGGUAGGGGUGUGUGGUAAGGGUGCGUAAUAGGAGGACAUCAACAGCAUAUCGUCUCCAGCGAGAACUAUGGCGUUUCAGCAGUUAUCUUCGACCGCACGAUUGGAUCAGACUGUAGGCGGAAGUCUCAUCAUGAUUUGAAAGGAGGAGGAUUCUUGAAUCCAGGCACGCAAAGUGCGCACACGAUCAGUAAAAAACACACCAAUUACGCAAUACUGUUUCAGCCGAAAGGUUGAUGAUAGGACGGCUACCCAAACCGGGGUUCAAGAGUAAUGGAUGAACCUUUGGAACGCCUGAAAUCAUUCACGGCACCUGAACCAAUGGAGUUGUUGGUUGAUUGGCGUACGGAAAGAGCGUUACUGGCUAUUGGAACCUUUGGCUCUUGGAACCUCUGGCUAUUGGGACCUUUGGCUGCCGGGGUUAAGUUACGAGGACAGCGUUCGCACAUAAGGGUGGACUAUGCUUCAGCGCUGACCAGUCUAGACUUGACGGAACAUAUCGAGGUUGGACCGAAUAAUCAAAUCACUUAUAGGCACAUCGAAUCACCACUUUGACCAAGGCUGUGUUAAUUAGCCACUAGUAAUGGUAGAUAUUGAGUCUCUUUUGCACAGGAGACGCAGGUAAUUAUUACUUGCAUCCUCAAGGCGAAAAAAAGGCGCAAAAAAUCUGCCAAUGUAACGAAUUAGGUCGAAGAGAAAUUUGCAUUCACGACUGAAUGUACAGCAAAG